AAUUUACUGAUGUUAAAUGAUUUGCUUGUCUUUUAGGUACUAGGAGCCCUUUGGUAUUGUUUCUCUAUUCAACGAACUGUGGCUUGCUGGUACAUGGCGUGUGAAAAUCAUGGUUGAUGUGUCCGAAAUUCUUUUUAUUACUGCGACCACAACUUUGGCUAUCACUCCGUUUUAGAUGAUUUUUGCCCUAAAAACAUGCCAAAUGCGGGGCUAUUUGAUUUUGAAGUAUAUCUCGAUGCUCAUCAGUCUGAUAUCUUAGAGUCCAAAAAUAUUCCACAAAAAAUAUUCUACUGUUUCUGUUGGGGCAUGCGAAAUCUGAGUUCUUUUGGUUCAAACCUCCAAAUAAGUAACGAUGUAAUGGAAAACUGCUUUGUACUUUGCAUUACUAUCUUUGGCUUGUUACUAUUUCUAUAUUACAUGGGAAAUUUUCAGAUAUUCUUGCAGCGGCGGAUAACUUCAAAAUCAAUUGCAGAAGCUGCGAAAAGAAAAGAAGAAAGCAUUAACUCGUGGAUUAAAAUAAAAGAGCUCCAGCCAGAAACAAGCAGAGAAAUUAUUAAGAUUAUGCAAAAGAAAUUUCACGAAGAAGAAGAUAUUUAUGUGGAGAUCCUGAUCUCUGAACUUCCUUCACAACUUCAAAGAAAUGUCAAGAACCAAAUCUGCUUUGAUCCACUAAAGAAUGUGAGUUUCUUCACCUCUAUAAAUUUUCUAAAUAGCUGUUUGUCCCGGGCAUAUUGAAUAUGCCAUUGAAUGGUAUUAUAAAUAUCAUCCAACAAUAAAAUUGAAGGAUUAUAUUAUCAUAAGUGGUGGCUCCAUAUGUAACUCAGGGUGGUCACAGGACUACCCACUUU